ACAGCUGUAACAAUACGCGAAUACGUGAUCGUGGAACGCAGCAUGCUGAAGAUCUCUGCUUGUAUUAAAUCUCAUUUUGUUUCGUUUUAAAAUGUUUUAGUUAGAAGUCGCAGUGAUUUCCAAGAGUAUUUAAAACGUUUAUAAUAACAAUAUGGUAACGUCAUAGGUUAUUUUGAGAGACAUUUACAGCUCAGCAUGGCUUUGGUGCCCUAUAAUGAGACCUUAGUGCCAUCUCUUUCCAAGUUGCAUGAGAGCUCAGCCGAAUUCGAUCUGGCCAAUCACAGGAUCAGAAUCAGUCAGAACUGGAACCAGUUGGGUGUGGCUGCUGUGGUCUGGGACGCAGCGGUGGUGCUCUGCAUGUUUCUGGAAAUGGGUACCAUUGACCUCAAAGGAAAGCGAGCUAUUGAGCUUGGAGCGGGCACAGGUUUGGUGGGCAUUGUAGCUGCUCUUCUUGGCGCAAAGGUGACCAUUACAGAUCGAAAACCUGCCUUGGAAUUUCUGGCUGCUAAUGUGCAAGAAAACAUUCCUCCCAGCCAGCGGCCUUCAGCGCAGGUAUCUGAACUCACCUGGGGGGAAAAUCUAGAUCUCUACCCACCAGGCAGCUAUGAGCUCGUGCUAGGAGCUGACAUUGUGUACCUGGAAGAGACGUUCCCUGCUCUAUUGAAAACCAUUGAGCACCUGAGCUCGGAGAACACUGUGGUUUUGUUGUCCUGUCGGAUACGGUACGAGCGCGACGAACGGUUCCUGAUGGACCUCAGUCGGAGGUUCUCAGUGGAAGAGGUCCAUUAUGACUCCGAAAGGGACGUUCACAUUUACAGAGCGGUGAAAAAUACAAACAACACUGAACUGUAAGGAGCAUUUAGAUAGAGAUUGCCUUUGUGUAAGUCGUUAGGUACAUGAAGUCCAAUAUCAUAUUUUCUUCGAUUACUCAAAGAUAAAAAUUCUGUCAGCUUUUAUUAGUUCAGUCAUGUCACCUGCAUAUGACUCUUUUCAUCUGUGGAAUGCAAAAGAAAAUAUUUUGAGAAAUGUGUCAGUGGUUUUGUGUCCACACAAUGGGGGUCAAUGUUGUUUGAUUACCAACAUUCUUCAAAAUCUCUUUUGUGUUCUGCAAGAAAGAAAGUCAUACAGGUUUGGAAUGACGAGAUAAAAAAAACAUUUUUGGAUGAACUUUGAGCCAUUUCUGUACCUGGUCAGCGGAUGGCGCUGCCAUCAAGGACCAAGAUUCAACACGAGACUUUGAAGAAAGUGGAUACCUGUUUUACCUUCAACUGUCUGCUGUCUUUUUUUCUGUUUACCUAACAGCCGCAAGUUUAAAAGUAUAUACCUGAGAUGCAAUUGAUCCAUUUUUAAGAUUACAAUUGUUAAAUACAAGCUAAAUGAAAUAUUAAAAGUUUAACACUUGUCACAACAAUUUUUUUUUCUAGGACACAGAAGAAUGUAAGCAUGUAGGCCGAACCCCUUUUAUGUUAAAAAACGAGAUGAUUAUCAAUAAAAUGAGCCUUUCCUCUAAGUAAAGAAAACUGACCUUUAUCUUAAGUAAACAAUCUCCAGUUUACAACAGAUAACACACUCCGGUCCUGAAAAGACUUUUGCUAUAAAGUCCAGAGCAGUGGGAAUAAUCCAGUGGUUGUGUUGAAUCUAGUGGAUCUAUUUCUUGGACAGCAAGAGAAAAAAGCAUUCAAAUAAUAAUGAUAAAAUGCAUUAAAGGGCAAAUUUACCUAAAAAAAAAAUUCUGUCAUUUAUUCAAUAUCAUGUCGCGCAAGACCUGUGUAUGACUUUUUUUCUGUUGCGACAUGUUGCGGUGGUUUUGUGAUCCCACACAAUGGAUGUCAAUGGGGUUUAGUGUUGUUCGGUUACCAACAUUCUUCAAAAUAUCUUCUUUUGUGUUUUGCAUAAGAAAGUCAGUCAUACAGGUUUGGAAUGACAUGAGAGAUCAAUUUAACACAUAACAAAAUAACAAAUUUUGCUUUUACGACCUUUAUUGCCAUUGCAAACCUGAGUUUCUGUUUUUCUGGUCUGAGCAGAGCCUGACAAGUGCCAUGACUGUUUAUUAUUUCCCAGAAUAA